ACCCUGAAUUAGGGCUUUUCCCGCCCUUAAUUACCCCUCUUCUCUUGCUGCUCCUCGCCUCGCAUUCCCUUCACCCCAACGCAGCAGAAAUCUCUUCAUCCUUCAGCAAUGGUUUCUGCCAAGCAGCUCUUGUCAGCAAUCGAAGCGGCGCUGCUGGCGCGGACUCCGCCUCCGGCUGCCCAGAGGGUCGAGCUGAUGCACGCCAUCCGCCUCUCGCUCCCUUCCCUCAAAUCUCUACUCUCCUACCCGGCUCCAAAAGCGUCAGACAGAGCUCAAGUCCAGUCCAAAGAAGUGAGACUGCCGGAUUCCCCGCCAAUCUCUCUCGAUGAUCAAGAUGUUCAGAUAGCUUUAAAGAUGAGCGACGAUCUCCAUCUCAAUGAAAUAGAAUGCGUGCGCUUGCUAGUGUCUUCCAAUCAAGAGUGGGGAUUGCUAGGUCGUGACCCAUUAGAUAUUUAUCGUCUUGGUGUAGGACUUUGGUAUAUGGAGAGAAGAGAUCUACUUACAUCACUUUACAUGCUAUUGAGGGCUACUGUUCUUGAUCAGGGUCUCGAGGGUCUUGAAGCUGAUCUUGUUGCAGAAAUUCAAAGUUAUUUAGAAGAUCUCAUUGCUUCUGGACUUAGAAAGCGGUUUAUUUCACUCAUAAAGGAACUGAAAAGAGAAGACCCUACAGGUGUAGGAGGCCCCAAUUCUGAGAGCUACAUUCUUGACUCGAGGGGUGCUUUGGUGGAGAGAAAAGCUGUAAUUUCUAGGGAAAGGCUCAUUCUUGGUCAUUGCCUUGUUCUUUCAAUUUUGGUUGAGCGUGCAAGCACUGAAGAUGUUAAAGAUAUACUUUUCGCUUUAAGAGAAUGUGCUAUGGAAUACACUGGGGCCACAGAUACCAUGAAGCAUCAGAUAAUAUACAGCCUUCUAUUCUCUAUUGUCAUUGCUUUCAUAUCAGAUGCUUUGAGUGCAACACCUGACAAAGUGUCAGUCUUAUCUCACGAUGCUUCAUUUAGGCAUGGUUUUAAUGAGAUUGUGAUGGCUACGGGAAAUGAUCCUUUAGUUGAAGGUUUUGUUAAUUGUGUAAGGUUUGCAUGGGCUGUACAUUUGAUGUUGGUGCAAGAUGGAAAUGAUAUGAAAGAGAUAACAACUAGUACUCCUUCCAAUGAUAUGAAAAGUAUUUUCUCAUGCUUGGAAGUUAUUUUUGCCAAUAAUGUCUUCCAAUUUUGGCUCGAUAAGGUUCUCAGAUCUGCAGCUUAUCAGAAUGAUGAUGAGGAUAUGGUCUAUGUCUACAAUGCUUAUCUUCACAAGCUAAUGACAUGCUUUCUUUCACAUCCACUUGCCAGGGACAAGGUCAAAGAAACAAAAGAGAAGGCUAUGGCCAUGCUGAGUCCAUACCGUGCUGCUGGCACUCAUAACCAGAUGAUAGAAAGCGGUGCCCAUCCCCAAGAAACUUCUGAAAUUGCAUCACAACCUUUUGUCUCUCUUUUAGAGUUUGUCAGUGAAAUAUAUCAGAAGGAACCUGAAUUACUCUCUGGUAAUGAUGUUAUUUGGACAUUUGUUAAGUUUUCUGGUGAGGAUCAUACCAAUUCUCAAACGCUCGUGGCGUUCUUGAACAUGCUAAGUUCCUUGGCUUGUACUCCAGAGGGCGCUUCCAAAGUUUUUGAGUUGCUUCAGGGGAAAAUAUUUCGCUCUAUUGGGUGGAGUACUUUAUUCGACUGUUUGUCUAUUUACGAGGAAAAGUUUAAGCAGUCUUUUCAGACACCUGGGGCAGUAUUGCCAGAGUUUCAAGAAGGCGAUUCCAAAGCACUAGUUGCGUAUUUGAGUGUUCUGAAAAAGGUUGUGGAAAAUGGAAAUCCCAGUGAAAGGAAGAACUGGUUUACUGAUAUCGAGCCACUGUUCAAACUCCUCAGUUAUGAGAAUGUUCCUCCUUAUCUCAAGGGUGCUUUGCGCAAUGCCAUUGCUACAUUUGUUCAUGUAUCUCCUAUUAUGAAAGAAACAAUUUGGAGGUUCUUGGAGCAGUAUGACUUACCUGUUGUUGUUGCACCCAAUGCUGGAUACACUGGACAAACUAUGGAGACACAGGUGUAUGAUAUGAGAUUUGAGCUGAAUGAAAUUGAAGCUCGAAGAGAGCAAUAUCCUUCCACUAUCUCCUUCAUCAAUCUAUUAAAUACUCUUGUUUCUGACGAACAGGAUGUCAGUGAUAGAGGUCAUAGAUUCAUUGGCAUCUUCAGAUUUGUAUAUGAUCAUGUAUAUAGCCCAUUCCCACAGAGAGCCUAUGCAGAUCCUUCUGAGAAGUGGCAACUAGUUAUAGCUUGUCUUAAGCAUUUUCAGAUGAUGUUGAGCAUGUAUGAUGUAGGAGAAGAAGAUAGUGAUGCUUUUGUUGACGAAUCUCAAAAUUCAUCGGGGCGACAGUCUUAUCCAAUUCAUAUGCAGCUUCCAGUUGUUGAAAUUAUGAAGGAUUUUAUGAGUGGGAAAACCUUGUUUCGGAAUGUAUUGGGGAUUGUUUUACAAGGAGUGAAUUUUCUAAUCACAGAACGUACAAAUCAGAUUCACGGGCAGCUCCUUGAAAAGGCUGUCCUGCUUUGUUUGGAAAUUGUGGUUCUUGUUAUGGAAAAAGAUUCAAGUGUUUCUGACUUCUGGCGCCCCCUGUAUCAGCCUUUGGAUGUCGUUCUCUCUCAAGAUCAUAGUCAAAUUGUAGCUUUACUUGAAUACGUUCGAUAUGAUUUUCAGCCGCAGAUUCAGCUAUGCUCCAUUAAAAUAUUGAGUAUUCUAAGUUCUCGUAUGGUUGGGCUCUCCCAGUUGCUCUUGAAAUCUGGUACUGCUAGCACCUUGAUUGAGGAUUAUGCUGCCUGCUUAGAGAUGCGGUCUGAAGAGUGUCAAAUAUUUGAGGACAGUGGUACAGAUCCUGGUGUCCUAAUUAUGCAACUUCUUAUCGACAAUAUCAGUAGACCAGCUCCAAAUAUCACUCAUCUAUUGCUUAAAUUUGACAUUGAUGGCCCGGUUGAGAGGACAUUGCUUCAACCAAAGUUUCAGUACAGUUGUUUGAAGGUCGUUCUUGGAAUUCUGGACAAACUUUUGAUUCCAGGUGUCAAUGCUUUGCUUCAUGAGUUUGGCUUUCAGCUCCUUUAUGAACUUUGCGUGGAUCCAUUGACUUCUGCACCUCUUAUGGAUUUGCUGUGUACCAAGAAGUACCAGUUUUUUGUUAAGCAUCUGAGUUCAAUUGGUGUUGCUCCCCUUCCAAAGAGCAGCCAGGCGCUUCGAAUCAGCUCACUUCAUCAGAGAGCCUGGCUGUUGAAGCUUUUAUCUGUAGAAUUACACUCAGCAGACAUACUAGAUCGCAAUCAUCAUGAAGCCUGCCAAAGUAUUCUCACUGAGUUGUUUGGCCAAAGACAUGCGGAAUAUGGCAUUGAUCUCGAUGGAUCCAAUUAUAUCCUUCAUAAUGACUCACAAAUUGGAGCAAAUGGUCCCAUUAGUAAGAGUAAGGUGCUCGAGUUGCUUGGUGUUGUCCAGUUUGAGUCGCCUGAUAUCACUUUGAAGUCGUCGCAGUUUGUUUCUAGUGCAAAAUACUCAUCCCUGGCUGAGGAUAUCCUCUCCAGCGCAACUACAUCAGGAAGGAGUGUCUAUUACAGUUCUGAACGUGGAGAUCGCCUUAUUGACCUAGAAUCUCUUAGAGAUAGACUAUGGCAGAAAUUCAAUUUGUACGAUGCCCAGUCAAGUACUUUUCAGGGUGAAGCUGAGUUGAACGAAAUAAGGGAAGCUAUUCAACAACUUUUAAGAUGGGGAUGGAAAUACAACAAGAACCUUGAGGAACAAGCUGCACAGCUACAUAUGUCAACAAGCUGGUCGCAGAUUGUUGAGAUAGCUGCAUCCCAAAGGAUCUCAUUUCUUGAGAAUCGAUCUGAUAUACUAUUCAAGUUACUAGAUGCUACCUUGAACUUCUCUGGUGCUCCUGACUGUUCCCUGAAGAUGGCUCAGAUAUUAACCCAGGUUGGUCUCACUUGCAUGGCAAAACUGCGUGAUGAGAGAUUUGUCUUCUCUAGUGACUCAACAUCUGAUACCGUCACAUGCCUUGACAUUAUCAUGAGCAAACAAUUAUCUAAUGGAGCUUGCCGCUCUAUUUUAUUCAAGCUAAUCAUGGCAAUUCUUAGACAUGAAUCUUCAGAAGCACUGAGAAGGCGCCAAUAUGCAUUGCUUCUUAGCUAUUUCCAGUAUUGUCAGCACAUACUUGAUUCCGAUGUUCCGGCAACAAUUUUGCAGUUCUUGUCUGAAAAUGGACAAGAAGAUGAAGAAUUCGAUCUUGAAAAGAUUGAUAAAGAUCAAGCUGAAUUAGCUCAUGCAAACUUUUCAAUCCUCAGAAAGGAAGGCCAGCCUAUUCUUAAUCUGGUUAUAAAAGAUGCUACACAAGGCAGUGAAUCCAUAAGGACUAUAUCAUUGUAUGUCCUGGAUGCACUCGUCCGUGUAGAUCAUGAUAAGUUUUUCUUGAGCCAACUUGAGACUAGAGGUUUCUUAAGGAGUUGCUUCACGAGCAUAAGUAAUUUUUCUUGUCAGGAUGGUGGGUUUUCAUUAGAUUCUAUGCAGCGCCUCUGUACUCUUGAAGCAGAACUUUCUUUGCUUCUGAGAAUAAGCCAUAAAUACGGGCGACUGGGUUCUCAGCAUUUAUUUUCUAUGGGAUCUCUUCAGCACAUUGCUUCUUGCAGAGCUCUACAUCUUCCUGUUAAGGGAAAUAUUCGGCGCCUUGACAACAAGUUUGGGAAGAAUUCUUUUGAUGUUGAUAAACAGCGAAUGGUGAUUGCUCCUACGCUGAGAUUUUUGUUUUCGAUAACUUCACUGGUUGAUACGUCUGAGUUCCUUGAGGUGAAGAAUAAAGUGGUUCGUGAAAUCAUAGAAUUCAUUAAAGGUCAUCAACUACUGUUUGAUCAAAUCCUCCAGGAAGAUCUUUCAGAUGCCAAUGAACUUACAAUGGAAAUAAUCAACCUCGUUGUGGGUAUACUUAGCAAGGUUUGGCCAUACGAGGAGAGUGACAAAUAUGGAUUAGUUCAAGGGCUAUUUGGAAUGAUGAGUUCUCUCUUUUCUCGUGACAUUUUCUCAUCAAUACAAUCUGUGCGAUCAGAGAACUUGCAGAAAGCUGAUGUUAGUAUAUCCCGUCUCUCCUUUAGUUUGAGCUCUUACCUUUAUUUUCUUGUUACAAAGAAGUCUCUAAGGCUGCAGGUUUCAGAUGUUGCUACUGCUUCUGCAUCCCAACAGCCUACACUUGCUUUACUAGCUACUUUCCUUAGUAUCCUAGCUUCUGCACUUGAAAAAGCUGCUGAGGAAAAAUAUUUGUUGCUCAACAAGAUUAAAGACAUCAAUGAGUUAUCAAGACGAGAAGUUGAUGAAAUCAUCAAUUUAUAUGUAUCCCAAGAUUAUUCUCCAUCCUCUGAAAGUAUCCAAAAAAGGAGGUAUAUUGCAAUGGUGGGUAUGUGCCGGAUCGUUGGACACAGGAGUCAGCUUAUCAUGCUAUUGCUUCUGCUAUCACAAAAUUUGAUGAACAUCAUCCUUGUUCAUUUUCAAGAUAGUUCAAAUGCUCAUGAUUAUAGACACUCUCAGAAGGCAAUCACAUAUGACUCCUCUCUGGAUGAUAAAGAGGACAUGCUUUCGCUUUGUGGAGAACUAGUUUCAGUUCUUGAGAGACUUGAAUCGCUGAGUGAGGACAAAACAGGGAACAGCCUUGAAGUUUUCCGUCGGUUAGCCCGAUCACUGAAGGAAAUGUCACUUCAGAAGCAAUAUCUUCUUGAUGUUUAAGGGUGUGUUACUCAGUCUUUUCUUUGUAUGUCAAACGUGGGAAGGCAUUCUUCUUUGUGUUUAUCCCAUCUCCUUCAAUCGAAUUGAAUAACUUUGUAUGGCUUUAUAUGAAUCAAAUGUAGAUUUGAGCAUCUAUUUAUGUAACGUUGUAUUGGUUUAUAGUGUAGAAUGAGAGCCCCUUCCAGU